AGUACCCUUGUACCGCCGGCGCUCACACCUUAAAAAGAUAUGCGCACUCGUUUCUGCGCAAACGUGGCGGACGGCGUUGUGUGAACCGAAGAUGCCGAAAUAUUAUUGUGAUUACUGUGACACGUUUCUUACCCACGACUCGCCAUCAGUACGAAAGACUCACAAUAAUGGGCGGAAGCACAAGGAAAAUGUGAGGUUUUACUACCAGAAAUGGAUGGAAGAACAGGCCCAGACCCUGAUUGAUCAAACAACUGCUGCAUUCCAAUCCAAGCCUAACUCUCAAAUGCCACCCAAUGCCCCACCUGGUCUGAUGCCGCCACCUGGGAUGCUCCCCCCACCUGGGGGCAUGCCGCCAGGACGCAUGCCUCCUCAAGGCUUGCCCUUCCCUCCACCUGGACCAAUCCCACCACCCCCUGGUGCAGGAGGGAUGAGACCUCCUCAUGGCCAAAUGCACAUGGGCGGCCCUAGACCACAGAUGGGACGCCCUCCAAUGUCAUUAAGAUCAUAACAAACUAUGACUUUUAGUUGUACAGAUUUUAAUUUAGGGGUUGUUGCCUUGGCCAUUUCUCAGGUAGAAUUUGUUGUCAGAAGCUGGAAGUGUCCCUGCCACUAACUGCGGGAGUCCAGCAAAGAUGCUCACAAAAAUCACAAAUAUAUUCAAAGUGAGUUUUUGUCUAACUAUGACAUACAUUUAUACAAAGAUUUUCGUCAAUACUAAAUGCUAAAUAGAUUUUUUUGCACAGACUUUCAAAAGCCUUUAGCGUACUUGUGAUAUUUUUGUAGUAUUUCUUUCUGUAUAUAAUGUAGGACCAUAUGAGAAAUAAAAUACUAUGAGAAUGA